GAAUCAUAGCGGUGUUAUCGUAAAAAUUAAAAUGUGUGAAAUUUGUUUUGAUUAAAAUGGGGAGAGGAAAUAAAUGAAAAAAUGACAGAGGUGGACGGAUGUAUAUUCUGCAAAAUAGCUGGAGGAAAUGAUGAAAAGACGGAAAUACUGCACAGGGAUGAUACACUGGUCGUAUUCAGAGACAUCCGGCCUGCCACAUCACAUCACUACCUUGUAGUAACAACGGAACAUAUCUCAGACGCCAAGCAACUCAAGUUCGAAAACUUAGGAUUAGUAGAGAGAAUGGUGGAGGUUGGAAAAGACGUUGUACAGAAACAAGGAGGGGACAUUAUUGACUUAAGGUCGAUUGUGAAGCAAGGUCUACAACUUGUAUUAAUCACUCUCGACAUUUCUUAUGAUGGAGUCCAUCGCCACGAGGGUAUGAGGGAAAAGAAGCUAGUUUCUCUAAAUGCUGAGCACCAAGCAAGGGAACUACCGGUUGACUGGGUGAUAGAUAGACUGAAAAAGAUGAAACCGAAAGACACGCACAGCAACAGUGGAACUUGACAUUUCAGAACAGAUUUAAACGUUGGGAUUGACAACAGCUACAGCUACAGCAAGAACAACGUUAGGAUCAUAUUGAAUUUUACGACUUUUUAUUGCAUUUGACGAUUAAUUUUAGAUGUAUUGUAUACAAUUGGACUAUACGAUGAAUUAAAACAUUGUUAUAUUUGUUUACCCUG